GGCGGCCAUCUUCCCAGGACCUCCCCUCUCUCUCUCUCUCCCUCUCACUCACUCAAGCACACAUACACACACUCCCCACCACCCCCUUCCCCCCCUCCCCCUACCCUUCCCACCCGCCUGCCUGCCUGGCCUCUGGCAUCGUCCUCUCCCCGCGGCCUCCAUGUGUGAGGAGCCAGAAGCCGAGGCAGUGGACCGUCGCGUCCGGAGCCGGGAAGCUACGCGGCGGCCGCCGAGCGUUCAUCGCGCCGAAGCCGGGCCUUGUUAUUGAGGCUGACAAGACAGCGGGCAACCCUGGACCCUUAACAGCUCCUCUAUAAUCGGCGGCGCUUCAAAACAAUUCCACUGGAAAGUUCUUGGCACAUAGAAACAGAAAAAUAGGUGCAGGAGUAGGCCAUUGGAUGUGAAAAUGUGGACGGAUUUAAAGGGUAUUCGACUCUACUAGGCGUGUAUUUGUUAAGGGCUGCUACAUGUCACUGUGUACACUAUAAAACACAAUCGGCCGAGCCGGCGAAUGCCUGCUGCUCGUCAACAUUUCGCCACUCAGGUGUUGAAUUGAAUCUUCUACAUUACUUCGGUGCUAAAUUGCAACUAGAAGAAAAAAAACAAAAUGUCUACUCGAACGCCAUUACCUACAGUGAAUGAACGCGAAACAGAACAUCACACUUCUCAUAUGGACGGCCGUUCAGAGGUUUCUUCUCGGUCCGCUCGCACUGGGGGAGCACGAGGUCGCAAUUCAAUUACAUCGUGUGCUGAUGAACAGCCACACAUAGGAAACUAUAGGCUUCUGAAAACUAUAGGCAAAGGAAACUUUGCCAAGGUAAAGCUGGCUAGACACAUCCUCACUGGAAGAGAGGUUGCAAUAAAAAUUAUUGACAAAACGCAGCUCAACCCUACAAGUUUGCAAAAGCUUUUCAGGGAAGUAAGAAUAAUGAAAUGUUUGAACCAUUCAAAUAUAGUGAAAUUAUUUGAAGUUAUUGAAACUGAAAAGACUCUCUAUUUAGUGAUGGAAUAUGCGAGUGGAGGAGAGGUAUUUGACUACUUGGUAGCUCAUGGAAGAAUGAAGGAAAAGGAGGCUAGAGCUAAAUUUAGACAGAUAGUAUCAGCAGUGCAGUACUGUCAUCAAAAGCAAAUUGUACACAGAGAUCUUAAGGCUGAAAAUCUACUAUUAGAUGCUGAUAUGAAUAUUAAAAUAGCAGAUUUUGGCUUCAGCAAUGAAUUUACAAUUGGCAAUAAACUGGACACUUUCUGUGGAAGUCCUCCAUAUGCUGCUCCAGAACUCUUCCAAGGGAAGAAAUACGAUGGGCCUGAAGUAGAUGUUUGGAGUUUAGGUGUUAUACUUUAUACGUUAGUCAGUGGUUCGCUGCCAUUUGAUGGACAGAACCUGAAGGAACUAAGGGAAAGAGUGCUCAGAGGAAAAUAUCGAAUCCCAUUUUACAUGUCCACAGACUGUGAAAACCUCCUGAAACGUUUUCUAGUGCUCAAUCCUUCUAAAAGAGGCACAUUAGAGCAAAUCAUGAAAGACCGAUGGAUUAAUGCUGGACAUGAUGAUGAUGAUGAGCUUCGACCUUACGUGGAGCCGGAAUUGGAUAUCACAGAUUCAAAGAGAAUAGAGAUAAUGGUUGGAAUGGGUUACAGUCAUGAGGAAAUCCAGGAGUCUCUUGCAAAAAUGAAAUAUGAUGAAAUAACAGCAACGUAUUUGCUUCUGGGACGGAAGUCCAAUGAGUUGGAAGUUAGUGAUUCGAGCUCCAGCAGUAAUCUUUCAUUAGCUAAGAUCAGACCAAGCAGUGACCUCAACAAUAGCACUGGACAAUCUCCUUCCCAUCAUAAGGUCCAAAGAAGUAUUUCUGCCAAUCAGAAACAACGACGGUACAGUGAUCAUGCUGGACCCUCAAUUCCACCAGUGGUAUCUUAUGCAAAGAGAAGUCAGACUAGUACAACAGACAGUGACUUGAAGGAAGAAGGUCAAUCAAGGAAGUCUAAUACCACUGUUGUUGGAGGAAGAGGAAUUACUCCUUCUAGCCCUAAAUUGGGAAAUGCUAACAAUCCUAAUAAAGCAGAGAUUCCAGAUCGUAAAAAGAAUUCUGCUGUAACUAGUAAUAAUACGGUGUCUGGAGGAAUGACCCGGCGGAAUACAUAUGUCUGCAGUGAAAGAACAAACAUAGAUAAGCAUUCUGUAUUACAGAAUGGUAAAGAGAACAGCCUGACAGAAAUGUCUGCUUGUACAACUAGUUCUGCGUCUGCAUAUGUAUCUGCUCCUGCAUCUACAUCCGCUUCUGCUACACCUUCCACUUCUACCCGAUUGCGACAUCAGAAGUCAAUGUCCAUAUCAGGCUCAGGGUAUGCUACCAAGAUGAUGCCUGCAAUAGACAAUGAAGCAGAUAACUUCAGCCCGAACAAGUUUUCUUGUAGCACUGCUCCAGGGCAAAGAACUCCUGUGACUUCCACCCACAGUAUCAGCAGCGCCACUACUCCUGAUCGAAUGCGUUUCCCCAGAGGGACUGCAAGUCGUAGCACUUUCCACGGUGGCCAGCUCAGAGAGCGGCGAAAUGCCACCUACAAUGGACCGCCGGCAUCCCCAACGCUCUCUCACGAUGCCACUCCUUUGUCACAGACACGGAGCAGAGGCUCAACAAAUCUCUUUAGUAAAUUGACCUCAAAGCUCACAAGAAGAAACAUGUCUUUCAGAUUUUCCAAAAGGGUCCCAACUGAACCUGAGAGAAACGGGAGAUUUGAGGGCUCAAGUCGCAAUGUAUCUGGGGAUCAAAAAGACGAAAUCAAAGAAGCAAAACCCCGUUCACUUAGAUUUACCUGGAGUAUGAAAACAACGAGUUCCAUGGAUCCCAAUGAUAUGAUGAAGGAGAUCAGAAAAGUCCUUGAUGCAAACAAUUGUGAUUAUGAACAACGUGAGCGUUUCUUGCUCUUCUGUGUCCAUGGCGAUGGACAUGCAGAGAAUCUUGUCCAGUGGGAGAUGGAGGUUUGCAAACUGCCAAGACUGUCACUUAAUGGAGUUCGAUUUAAGCGAAUAUCAGGAACAUCCAUAGCUUUCAAAAAUAUUGCUUCCAAAAUUGCCAAUGAAUUAAGGCUGUAAAAUAUGGUUAAGCUAUAAUUUCUUAAAUAACAUUUCAUGAGUGUUUUUUUCUGAACACUGGUGGAAAUUUACUGAAGAAAAUGUAUAGGAUAAUGCUUACGCAAUAACUCUGUAACUUCAGAUCAUGGUAUUAUAAGAGAGCGGAAAUUCUCGUGGGUGGGAUGAGCGGUUGGGGGAGUGAAUACAUUUUUGUUUUAAGAAGUGCACUACAACAUUCUGAACAGUUUGCCCCUUCAUCUCAGUUACUUAAUAUGUUUGUUAUUAGCUUAGAGUCAGUAACCUGUGAAAUAAACUGAAAUUCUAUGGAAGUAUGAUCCCUGUAUUUAAGAAAAAUUGUUUAAUGAAAGAAAUUCCAGUUAAAAUCCAGUUGAAUGUGGGACAUGAAGAUACUCAUGUGCUUUAAUCCUGCAUAUCUUCCCUCCUUGGUACUGAUUCAGGUGCUUAGCUUUUCAAUGAUAAUGCAUUGUAAGAAACAAAUAAACUCUUUUUUCAUCAGCUGUGUUUAAUGAUCUUCAGACAGUUGAGGUGUACCUAGUAUUUUCAUAAAACAAUAUAUUACAUAAUGCGUAAGUUCUGCAAAUGAAAGAAAAUACCAGAUGUAUUUAGGCCUAUUAAUGAUAUUAAUUACCUGUGUUAAACCAGGAGUGCUGUGAUUUUAAAAUGAUUUGCGUUCUAUAGAUCACCGAUACUAAACCACACUUAGGGUUUCUCUACUGUAGAAAAUAUCACCAUCUAAGACUGGUUCCUUGAUCAAUUAGGACAUCAAUUAUAUAAUUAUUUUGGUUUCUUUACAACAAAGCUUAGAUCAUAAACAGUUUUGUUCUGCCAUUAUUUAGCUGUAAUUAUUGUUAAUAUUGAAAAUGAUUGGCCUCCACACAUAUUAGCUCAGUAAAAAUGUUUGAGUUUGUAAUUUAACUGUUGGGCCCCAUGGGACAAUAUUCACUUAAGUAUGCAUUUUGUUUUCCUUUCAAGCUGUCCGCAAUGUCCUUUGGAAUGUAAAUAAUGUAACUUAGUUUUGCAGACAGCAUCAUAUUGUUAUAUAAUUUGUUUUCCUUUUUUUUAAUGUUCUGUAAUGACCAGGAGUUAUGAAAUCAAUGUAAGUUGUCCGCAUUUCAGGUUCACUGAUCUCUUCAUUAAAGGAACAAAACAAAAAAUGUA